CUCAAAGCAAUGAGACAAACAACACUAAAACCACCUGAGGACAACAUAUGGUUAAAUCGUCUCUCGUCCAGCUGCAGAGACCAAGGAUUAUGUCAAGCACCAGGAGAGGAUAAGGACAGGGAAUGCACCAGACUAAACUUCUCAAAGACUUUAAACCCGUUGUGAAUGAAACUGCAUGUUCAGGCACAUUUGUGCGAAUCACUGAGGAGAGAAAUUUGAUCUCCAAGUGUUCAAAAAGCCCCUCCAGAAUGAACCGAGGCUGUAACAUGGUUAAACUAAUUCCAGCUUCUCAAGCCGAACACAUUUAACACAAACCCAAGGACUGCGUUUUUACAGGUGCUACAGUUGUUCCCUGAACAAUUGCCCCCCGCUCACACCAACAGAAGCACACCGCCGCUGAUAGCAUUCAAGUAGAUGCUGUUUUGCAGCAUCAGAGGCGCACUUCCAAGAGCUACCUAUUUGAUAGUCCAACAGAAAUUAUCUGGUUAGCGUUGUGAGAUGUGCUCUAUUUGCCAUGGCAAGAGGUCUGUUUUCCUUGCUCUGGCUGAGGAAGCCAAUCUACAUUCAGGCCCGGUUCUCCUACCUACACAUGAAGUAUCUGUUCUUCUCGUGGUUGGCAGUGUUUGUGGGUAGCUGGGUGGUGUAUGUGGAGUACUCAUCCUACUCAGAGCUGUGCCGAGGACAUGAGUGCAAGAAUUCCAUAUGUGACAAGUACAGGACAGGGGCGAUCGACGGCUCGGCCUGCAGCAGCCUGUGUGAGAAAGACACACUGUACCUGGGGAAGUGUCUCUCGGCCAAACCUAACAUCCAGGUGUACUCUGGUGGCUGGGGGGACCUGGAAGGGGUGAUUAAGUGCCAGAUAGAAAAGGUUCCUCGCUAUGACCUGGGAGCUGAGAUGGAGCACAGGAACGAGGCGUUGCCCUUCAACAAACCCACCAAGGGAACCUCUGUGGAGAAGUUUAAAGAAAUGGUCCUCAUCCACCUCAAGACCAAAGUGGGUGAACUGUCUAACCUUCCUGACCUGGUGACCUUGGUUCUCUCCGUGGCUGACUUCAACAAAGACGGCCUCAUCUCCCUGCCAGAAGCCCGUUCCAUGUGGGCCCUCCUACAGCUCAAUGAGUUCCUGCUUGUGGUGGUACUGCAGGACAGAGAACACACCCCUAGGCUUCUGGGCUUCUGCGGGGACCUCUAUGUCAUGGAGAAGGUCCCAUACGCUUCCCUUUACGGCAUCAGCCUUCCCUGGGUGGUGGAGCUGUGGAUCCCUGCAGGGGUACGACGCAGCAUGGACCAGUGGUUCACCCCCUCCUGGCCCCGCAAGGCCAAGAUCUCCAUUGGCCUCCUGGAGCUGGUGGAGGACGUCUUCCACGGCACCUUCGGCUCCUUCCUCAUGUGUGACGUGAACGCCGCCGGCUUCGGCUACAACGACCGCCACGACCUGAAGGUAAUGGACGCUCGCCAAAUCGUCCCCGAGGCCAGCUUCCAGGAAGCCAUGAGAGAGAGGCGGUGCGUAGCGGACGAGGACUGUCUGUACGGGGCCGAUUGUCACACUUCCUGUGACCUCACCAAGCACAGGUGUACACCCGAGGUGACGCGGCCCAACCUGGCCAAGGUGUGCAGCGCGCUCAAGGACUACCUCCUGCGUGGGGUGCCGGCUGACAUCCAGGAGGAGCUGGAGAAACAGCUGUACGCUUGUAUAGCCUUGAAGGGGUCAGCAGAAGAAAUGGAGAUGGAGCACUCGCUUAUACUGAACAACCUGAAGACCUUGCUGUGGAAAAAGAUAUCACACACCAAGGACUCCUAAUGAGUUGAAGACGUAGGUACGUCCUGACUACCCACCCUUCUACUGGUGUUUUCUAGCACUUUCCAUCACGGCCCGGAAGCCUUUGGUCUCCACCAUAGUAAAUCAGCUAUAGAAAGUGUGUUAAUGAACAAUUUGGGGAAGGGUGGACAGUCAGACAGAGAUGAACACUACUGCUGCACCCCAACUCUAUCCCUCUCCUCUAAGCCUUUCAGGGAUAUAUAGUUGGACAAUCAAACUGACACUCGGGGAAAACAUUAUGCUUUACAAUUGAGGGGGAGGGGAUGGGGUUAAUGUUGACAUUUUCUAUUGUCUAAUGUAUACAACAGAUUUUAUUAGAUUUACUGUACAUUUCUGGCAAAAAAAAAUUCUGUUAAAUUGUCAACAUGACUCGUCUUUAUUUACAUCCACAUUUCUAUUUCUUAUGGAAGUCGGUCAAACUGUGCUUUGAAUCAGUUGUUGCAAUUUCUUCCUUAAAAAUAAUUGUUUUAAUGUUCAAUAACUUCACAUCUGUUAGGAAAUGAAACCUAAUUUUCUUUUUGAUGAUGAUAGAGAUUUUCUACAUCAGUUCCAAGAGCAUGAUAAAUAUUAACAUUAAAUACAAAUCAAAUUUUACCCCAGAUACCAACUGCUGAUUAGGGAAAUAUAAAUAAAGGGGUGUAAGAGCCACUCA